CGUCGGUACGUCGACAUCUCUCCGUAAGUUUGCACGUGUCGCCCAAGCAUAACACGACGCGUUAUCUUCGAAUUAAAUUUCACGCGUCCGCACGUUUCCUCGCAUUUCUUUGCGAUCACACGCUGACACACCUCCGCGUUACCGUACACCGGUUCCCGAAACUACGUUCAGUUCUCGGGAAGUCGCACUUGUGUCACGCGCGAAGAAAUUAUUACGUGAAAAAUGAUUGAGAUAAGAAUGUAAAGUUUUUAUAUUCGAGAUUCACGUUCCUUCUCGCGUGAUUUGUAAGAGGAAAGAAAAUCGGAGACUUUUUCGUUGAAAUAGUGCAUUGUGCGCUCUGAAUUUCUCAAACACUUGCAGUGAACGAAGUGCAUUUAAUUUCCGGCUGUAUAGAUGAAGUUUUGUGGACUCUGUGUCCAAUUUUGUGCUCGACACGAAGAAACAAUCAUUUCCGAAGCUACAACGUUGACAAACGAGUACGUGAACUUUAUUUCGUUCGAAUCAAAUCGAAGCAGUGAAGAAAUUUAUUUCCACUGACCUACGCAUCAUUAUCUUGCUUGCACGCGUGUGCAUCGUCGCGGUUAAGGACGCAGCGGAAAGCACUUGAAGGCUACUCGUAUGGGGAGAUGCGGCCUCGCUGUUGGAGCUGAGACCGCCGCGCCGGCUGCGAAAGUCCGUGGGACCGCAUCCGAAAUUGAUCACGAAAAAUGAGGUAUACUGCCACGGCGAGCUGCUGCACACGAUACAGAUGGCCGGCAUAUACAAGGACUCCAAGUACUUCGUCGACAUGAAGAUGAAGCGGCCGCCGAACGAGACGCUGGCGUCGUUCCGGGAUUUCAUGAAGAGCGUGAACCACGCGCCGACCAAGCACCAAGUCGAGAAGUUCGUGAACAACACAUUCGAGGCGGCCGGCUACGAAUUCGAGGACUGGGACCCGGCCGACUGGACGGCGAGCCCUAAAUUCCUGCAGAAGAUCGAGGACGACGAGCUGCGGAAGUUCGGCUCCGAUCUCAAUCACAUCUGGAAGCUGCUGGGCCGCAAGAUGAAGGACGACGUGAGAAUCAACGAGGAGCUCUACUCGAUCAUCUACGUGCCGAAUCCGGUGAUCGUGCCCGGCGGUAGAUUCCGCGAGUUCUACUAUUGGGACUCGUACUGGAUCAUCAAGGGCCUGCUGCUGUCGGAGAUGCACGCCACUGUCAGAGGUAUGCUGAACAAUUUCGUGUUGAUCGUUGACAAGAUCGGCUUCAUACCGAACGGCGGCAGGGUCUACUACAAGAUGCGCUCGCAUCCGCCGCUGCUGAUACCGAUGGUGGAGGAAUAUCUAAAGACCACCCGCGACGACGCGUGGCUGAAGGAGAAUCUCUGGCUCUUGGAGAAAGAGUUCAACUUCUGGAUGACCAAUAGAACUAUAAAUAUCGAGAAAGACGGGACCAAUUACACACUCGCCAGAUAUUACGAGGAAUCCUCGGGCCCACGACCGGAAUCCUAUAAGGAGGACUAUCUGACAAGCCAAAGUUUUCGAACUGCCGAAGAGAAGGACGAUUAUUAUGCGGAAUUAAAAACGGCGGCCGAGUCCGGAUGGGAUUUUUCUAGCCGAUGGUUCAUACACGAGGGUACCAACCAGGGUAAUCUGACGAAUCUCAAGACCAGAUCGAUAAUCCCGGUCGACUUGAACGCCAUGAUAUACCGAAACGCCGUGCUGCUGGCGAAGUACAAUCGUCAGAUGGGCAACGAGACAAAGGUCGCGUAUUACAACGACAUAGCCGAGAAGUGGAAGGAGGCGGUCAGAGUGGUGUUGUGGCACGAGGAGGUCGGCGCCUGGUUGGAUUACGAUAUUCUAAACGACAUCAAGAGGGACUAUUUCUACCCGACCAAUAUUCUACCCCUCUGGACAAAUUGCUACGACGCCUCGAAGAGAGGGGAUUACGUGUCGAAGGUGCUCAAGUACCUCGAGAAGAAUCAAAUCAUGGUGAACCAGGGCGGCAUACCGACGACACUGGAGCACUCGGGCGAGCAAUGGGACUAUCCCAAUGCCUGGCCGCCUCUGCAAUAUUUCUUUAUCAUGUCGUUGAACAACACGGGCGAUCCGUGGGCGCAGAGGCUGGCCUACGAGAUAAGUCAGAGAUGGGUGCGCAGCAACUACAAAGCUUUCAACGAAACGCACAGCAUGUACGAAAAGUAUGACGCGACCGUCUCGGGCGGACACGGUAGCGGAGGUGAGUACGAAGUACAGCUUGGCUUCGGCUGGUCGAACGGACUCGUUAUGGAUUUGAUGGAUAAAUACGGUGACAAGUUGACGGCGGAGGAUUACUUCGCGCCCGACAUCGUGGUCGAGAACGCGGCACCACCGCAGGUCAUCUCGACAGCCGGUCAAAUGCUGACCGGACUUCUAGCGCUCAUCAUAUCGUUAGCAGCAGGAUUUAUAGGGAUGGUCGUGUACAAGAGACGGCAGUACCACGUGCCUGGCCCGUCCACGAUGCCGAACAAGAGAAUAGGACUGUCGAGUGGCAGCAAUCUGUACCGGAAGCGGAUUGCGUACACCGAACUGAGGGACAUACACAACGAUUGAUGACCGUUUGUUGUCUAGACCGAAUAUCGAUAUUGUUAACAUGACUAGUGAAAGAAGAUACGCGCACACAUGUAGGGAGAAGGGAAGCGGCCGGCAGGAUGCGGGAACGGCAGGGAUGACGCGACCGGGUAUUCCCGUACGCCAGAGCUUGGAAUUUACACUGGCAGGUGUUUGGAGGAGAAGAGCGAGAGAAACUGGUCGGUGCGAACCGAUGUGGAAGACUAUCUGCUGCUAAACGAACGCGCAGAUGUUUGGCCAAUAGAACGGCGUGACAUCACUUCGGCGAGGUCGUCCGAAAUCGAGGCUGCGAAAUACGCGGAAAAGCGAUGAUCGCGCGGAAUUCUGGAGGCAUGACCGAAGUCUCGGGAAUCCCGAUUGCCGCUUUCGUCUGGUCUAAAUGGUGCCGUAUUCGAAAAUGGAGCGGGCGGAAGAGAGAAGUAGACGCGUGUAGUGUAAAUAUUAGCGUAAAGACAGAGCGUGUGUAUGAAUUUGUAUAAAUUCGUAUGCGUAUGGGACGAUCUAUCUCGGCGAUAGGCAGGAUUUAGCUGUAAUUUAAUGAAACAUUGAACAAUAGAAUAGUGGAAUUUUGCGAAUUAUUUAUUGCGUUGUCCAAUGAAGGUACAAUUGUGCAGGAAGUUUGUGAUGUCUUUUUUAGCAGGAUUUAUUCGGACAAGAAUCGUGCGAGAAAAUGAAACUGUUAUAAAUGCGCGGUCAGCUUUGAUAUACUAUAUUUGAUACGCUAUUAUCUCGGGCUAAUUUUAAGUUAAGAUUGUCUUUAAGAUAAUUCUUGCAAGCGCGAAAUCAAAACGCUAAACGAUCGUUUAAAUAUAAAGCUGAAUCCCACAGUGCCAUCCAAAUAUUGUACAUACGGAGGUUAACUCUGCACAAUGCUCUAUCCAGCAGGCUCUUUUCGCAAUGCGAGAAAGUAUGUGUGUUUUUUGCGAGUACGCCAAUACUAUAAUUACUCGCGCGGAGUGAUUUUAUAACAAGGAAAGAGAGCGAUUAAAAAAACAGCCGUAAGACAGAAGGGCAAUGGACUCUGCUAUUUGCGGACGACUAAAUGUGCGCAUGUGAAACUGAGAGAAUGAGUGUACGUGAUUUAUAAAAGAAUAUAUCGCGCGUAGCAGGAUAUCGAAAAUUGUAGGUAUAAAUUAUAUAUAUAUAUAUACAAAUAUAUAUAUAUAUAUACAUUGUUUUAUAGACAAAUAUGUAGAUAGCGGAUAAUCGACGACAUUACAGAUAAAUUAUUGACGAGAAUGUUGUAUUUUUGCUGAGUAUUUUUAUAAACGAGAGCGAGCAUGUUUAUCCGGCAUUAUUGGCGAUUGAACCCGAUCGGGGAGCGUCUGAAAAUCGAAUGCGCUGUGUACGGCGAUUUAUUUAUUUUUUUAAACCAUCCGUGACUUCGCGAUGUAAGAGGUUGAAAGUUCCUUUGCCAAAUCUUUCGAAACAGCUUUCACGCGCUCAACUAGUUUUUAUUCGCUAAAGUGACCAUGAUUUCACGGUGUGUAUUUAUAUAUUUUCUGUAGCUUAAAGUAAGAGUUUGUGUAAUAGAAACGUUAUGUGUAGAAUUAUUAUCGGCAGAGCGAAUGUUUAUUUAAUUGUGUAUCUGCAUGUGUAAACUCUGCUCUCUCGUUGCAUACGUUAAGCGAACGCGAUAUCUCAAAACAAUAAAGUCGUAAUUCUCGAUAAGGCGUUUCUCGAUUACGUCGCAGAUAUCGGUCGAGCGUGCGAACGGAGCGUUUAGGUUUAUAAAAGUUUUAUUUCUGCCCAGAAUGCGAAAGUGCCUGGUUAUUUGUUUUGCGACGUACUCGAGAAAGCCUCUGACGAAUCGUACGGAUCUUUUUAAUUACGACCUAAUUUGAUUGCGGAUAAUUAUUUAUAUACAGUAAUACAUACACAAUGAUGCACAGUAGGAAAAAUGUCUGACUAGUGUCAUAAGGGUUCGGCAUACUGAUUACCUCUUUCCUACUUUCUUUUAUGUACUCUCUUUUUAUGUUGUAUAUAAAAACGUCAAUAAAUAUAUCCACACUUGUAUUACUUAUAUAAAUAUAGAUGUAGAGUUCGUUAGAUUCGAACUGAAUUGCCGUACACGACGCAUUUAACUGGCCGGGCCCAGAGUGAAAACGGAUUGAACGAAGGUGCAGUCGAUUUAAUUACUGCUAAUACCGCGGAGGAUCGCCGAUUUUAUUAUAAAUAGAAUAUCUGGCGCCAUGCUUGCUAUGAUCCUUGCUCUUGUUUUGCCGUCUGCGUAUUUUUAGACUGCGUAUUGCGACCGCGUGCACGUAGAUCAUAGCGCAUAGUGCCAAGAGAUGCGGCAAACACGCGUAUUUAGGAUGAAUGAUGUUACGCAACAAUUAAUUGGUUGAAAACGUCCUGAUUCGUCCUGCUAAAAUUUAGGUUUUCAUUUAGUAUUAUUAGCAUAUCUCUCUAAACAUUUGACUCGAUCAUAUCUCGAAUGAAUCUUCGUUUAAAUAGCGCUUAAUAAGUGAGAUAUGAAGAUAGUUGGCGCAGGAUAUAUCAUGGAACAUUAGCACGUACUGUUUUUGAUCACAAGUGUCCUCUGUAAAUAGUUUCAUUCUAUAUCUUUUUUCCAAUGUUAUAAUUAAGAUUCUUAGUACUCUAUAAUCGCGCAAGCCCUUGCAUCAAAUCAUUUUGCAAAUCUAUUUUAAUCGAAUUGCAUUUUUAUAUGAUUGUAAAUAAAUAUUAAAACGGAAAUAACAACGACAUGAAAUUGAAUUUAUAAUUGUCGACAAAAUUUUAUUAUUGAAAGUUCUUGCAAAGUGAUUUGAUCCGAGAAAUUCAUACUCUAAAAUUGCUAUUUUGUGAUCAUGACGAAUUUAUCUUGCUCUUCCGAGCUCUUCCGAAAGGAACAAUUAUUUAGGAGUUUUGUUUGUUGGCUUUGAGAGAAAGCAUAUUAAGAAAUUAAACUCAAGAAUACUUCAUGAACUAUUUUCCUUCUUGCAAUCAUUUACGUAGAAGCUGAAGCGAAAAUAAGGAUGCAAUUGUAUAUAAUAAAGUUUUACACAAAUAUCGAUUAGAUAUAAGCUCGAUUUGUUAAACUUUCGACCACGAUGCUUGUGAUGUGCGUUAAUCGGUGUUUGUGUAAUGAAGAUCGAAUUGCAAACGAAACGAUAUCUCGUAUCAGAGAUGCGCUACCUCAAAGGAAGCGUUCCUAUACAUUUUAACGCGUGUAAGUGCAUGCAUGCGGCGAAAUUCGCAUCACGAGGAAAAAUGCGGUGAACGAACUAUAUUUUUCCUUUCAAUCGUGAUGGAAAAGUCUAUUAAAGACCUUUUUCAUAUGAAUUAUAUUCUACUCUAUGCGUGAUUUUUGGAAUUAAACAGUGAAAAAUGAUAUAUUUUAAUUAGUGGAUAUCUUUUUAUUGAAAAAAGUAGUAUUAGCAGAAGCAACGCACGAAGCAAGCGAAUGACGCUUUCUGCUGAAGAUGUGUCAUAAUUGUGGAAAUCAUCAGAUAAUUAUAUAAGUAUUUUUACAGGUUUGCGUUAUAUGCGUUUUAAUAAAUAAUCAUUUCUAGCAGAUUUAUUAGAAAACAUGUUGUGACUUCUUGCUCCCGCAAAACAAGAGUUAAAUUUUUCAAAUGUAAUAUAUAUAAUAAUUCUAACUACGAUUAGAUUAGAUAUUGAAGAAAGAAAAUCUUCAUAUUUUAAACUCUUCAUGUAUCAAAGAAAGUUAUACUUUUGUCUCUUUCUGAAUCUUUUAUCAAUUUUUUACCCACAUUUUAUAAAAGCAAGUUUUAUUUAUUAACAAAUAAUUAUUAUGUAUAUACUUACGUGAAGUGAAUGCGAAUUUCGGCCGCGCGGUGAACAUAAGCGAUCAACAAAUCUCGAAAUUCAUACAGAUUGUAGAAUAUAUGUAUUAUAUGUACACAUGAAUAAUAUUGUGAUAUUUGGAAAUAAGUAGGUUUUUGCUGUUCUAUCGCA